AUGAUAUUUAACGAAGAUGAUGGAAAGGACGAUGAAUAUUUCAAAAGAAUCAAGGAGCAACAAGAGGACGAAAUGGAGAACCGACGUCGAGCGUUGAUAAAUAAGUGUGAAAUUAAACAACGUUUACGGCAACAUCAUAUUAAACGUAAAGAAGCAUCGGAAACGGAGAAAGUUCAACGUGUUCAAGAAGCUGUUGAGUUGAAAGUUCGUCAAAUUGAACUGACGGAACGAUUAGCUAAAGAACUGUCGCGUCGUAAACAUAUCGAGCAACAAGAAGCAUUAAAAUGCAGGAAAAUGAAAUCUACUGUUUCAUCGGUUUCCGACUGUGCAUUAGAGAAGAUACACGCCGAAUUAAUCAAGGGACAAAAACAAGAUGAAGAAACACAGACUUCUCAAUCGUUUAACAAAUGGUGUUUCACCGAAGUGUCUAAAACAGAGCAGCAAGAAAGGAAAUUGAAUUACAGAAGGGAGUUGCAAAACCAGCUGAUAAAUAAUCGUCGAAGACUGCGCGAGAAAGAAGAAGAGAAGCAUCGAGAACGAAAGAUAUUGGAAGAAGUUGGUGAAGCGAUGUUGAAAGAGGGCUUGGAAGCAGAGAAACAGAAACGAGAAACUGCUACUAUGUUGCAAGCAGAAAGGACCGCAUUCCUUAAAGCUCGAGAAUUUUGGAAGGAGAAACGAAGGGAAAUUUUGAAACAAGAGCACGAUGAGAUAUCGAGGACCAUUGCUAAAAAAGAAGCUCAACAAAAAAGGGAGGCUGAAGGGAAGACUGACACUCGUACAGCAAAGGAAGCGAUGGUAGAGAAAUUGUCGGAAAAAUUAAUGGAAGAAGAACGCAAGAAAAUGGAACGAGAAGAAAUUUCUCGCGAAUUGUAUUUAGCAGAGAAGGAGGCUGAAUUGGCGAAAGAGGCGAUGAAACUGGCGACGAAUAAGAAACGAACUGCAAAGGAGUUAUUGCAGGACAUGGCGAAGCAUCAGAAGGCUGUAGCUGAAAAGAAAGCUAAGGAAAGCGAGAUUGAUGCAGCCUUCGCCAAAUAUUUGGCCGAGGAAAGAAGAAAUCAGGAUGAAAAGAAAAUGCAGGAGGAACAAGCACGACGUGAAAAAAAUAUUCAAUAUGGAAAUGAAUUGCGUGAAGCUAUAACUAGAAAUAGAUUGCAACGUUUGAGGGAUGCUGCAGAAAAUGAUGGAAAUGAAGGUGAUAGAAAAGAGAAGAAUAAAAAUAUGUUUAUGUGGAACAACAACGACGAGGAUCGUAAAAUUAAGUGCCAUUCUGAAUCAGUCCUCGAAACCUUAAAAUCUAAAGGGCAAAAGAAUGCAACCCCCAAAUAA